AUGGGAGCACCCUGCGAAGCCUCAAGGGGGCGGGGCGGCGACCGUGGCACGCCGCCCCGAGACAGCGCGCGGACUCCGACCGUCUUUCCACACGCGAAUACCCGGCUCAACCAACGGAUGAUGGGGGUCCUGGGCGCCAGGCGCUGCGUGGAGUUGCUGCUGGGUCUCUACUUCCUCAGCCACAUCCCCAUCACCCUGUUCAUGGACCUGCAGGUGGUGCUGCCGCGAGAACUCUACCCGGCCGAGUUUAGAAACCUGCUGAAGUGGUAUUCUAAGGAGUUCAAAGACCCUCUGCUACAGGAUCCCCCAGUGUGGUUUAAAUCCUUCCUGUUUUGCGAGCUUGUGUUUCAGCUGCCUUUCUUUCCCUUUGCAACAUACGCCUUCUUCAAAGGAAGCUGCAAGUGGAUUCGAAUCCCAGCAAUCCUCUACUCAGUUCACACAAUGACGACUUUAAUUCCAAUUCUCUCCACGCUUUUGUUUGAGGAUUUCUCCAAAGCCAGUGGUUUCAAAGGACAAAGACCUGAGACUCUGCAUGAACGACUAACUCUUGUGUGUGUCUAUGCCCCCUACAUACUAAUCCCAUUCAUCCUUCUGCUUUUCAUGUUGCGGAGCCCCUUCUACAAGCAUGAGGAGAAAAGAAAGAAAAAAUGAGGGAAUGACCCCUGGCCCGGGGAGAGAUGUUCACAGGGCAGUUGCCUGUUAGACCCAACACGGCACACUGCUCAGAACCCAUGUCUUCAGCAGCAUUUGAAACACACUAUCAGCAGCACACAAGAGCAAGAUGGUGGCAGGAGCCACAGCAACACACAAGAGCAAGAUGGUGGCAGGAGCCACAGCAAACCCUCACCUUCCAAGGGCACUGGGACAAAUAGACCAAUCAGCUGAGGGUGGGCAGAUGGGUGUGGGCUGUUAUAGGAAAGUGAUACCAAAUGCCUCACUGUGUGCCUAAGUUCUGCUGCAGGAUUACUAAAAGCAAGACCAGAUAAAAAACUGGAUAAACUUCUGAGAAUGUGACCUGCUUGACAUAUUUGUGAGUCACUCGACCCACAACAUCCAUCCCUGACUAAACCCUUUGCUCCUGGUUCUCUAGAGCACAUCACCAGUCAGCAAAAUGAACAGUGGGGUGUUUUGCGCCAUUCUGAAAUUUGGAAUUGUGCCUCCUUAAUAUUCAUAUAAAACACUAUGUAGCUUAUACAGACAAAAUGGUAAAAAGUCUAAAAAUGCUGUUUUCUUGUCCCCACCUCUGUCCCUGGAAGAAACAGAAUAUUAUACAAAAGAGGUUCAAACUUAGUUUUCCUUAAGGUUUAGCCCUAGCACUAGCAUGUCUUUCAGUCAGCAGUGGGUUGAACUGGAAAGUGUUUUUGUUUGUUUUAAACAGGGCAUCCCAAGAGAAGAGGAAAAAAAUCUCUUUAUCCACCUACUUCCAAAUUUUAGUCUUCCAUGUUUUUAGAGACCACCUGAUACAAGUCGCUUACUCUGAAGUCUAGAAUCUCAAGCCUGAUCUAGAAGUGUGGCUCCCUCAUGGAUAACUUCCCCCCUCCUGAUACAGUGUAACCCAUUUCCCUGUUCUCAGGAGAAGGGAAGGUGGGGGUGGGGUGACAGCCAGUAAGGUAUGACAUGUGCAUAUAGGGUCUGGUCAUAUCAGUGCUUAGUAAUCCCUCAGCUUUCUCUAAAUCUGCAGAAGGCCAACCCUUAAAAAAAAAAAGAUGGCAGACAAGUCCCAGCCAGUCCUCUCUGUUUUUGCUCAUUUUGCUCACAAGCUGUAUUGGUCUGAUCAGUGGUGUAUGGCUCAUGUCUGGUCCAAAUAAAGGUAGCUGCUGACCUCU